AGCAAGCGCAAGUCCAAGUCUGAGAAAUCUGUUACAUUAGUAUUAUUAGUUGCCCAUGGAUCGGCUUUCGAGCGCAUACAGUGCGAGGGCUGAUGGUCGACCAAAGCAGUCGAAGCAUGAAGCGGUACUAGCGAUAUGUACAAUCGCAGCAUAAUCAAUCACAUCAAUAACUCAGGCUCACCGCUAUCGAAUGUGUAAAGUGCAAUCCCAAUCAAAUUAAGAGAGUCCGAGACGUCCGAUGCCUCGUAGAAGGACGAGGUCGGGUGUCGGAACGGAGUCACGUGGCAGGGCGGAAAGAGGGGAAAGUAGGGCCGAGCCCAUGCUUUCUGUCACUUUGUACGGCAUUGGCAGUGACAGAGACAUUGGCAUCGCUGUCAUAAGGAUGGGCAAAGCAUACCCCGAAGAGGCACGCAGCCAAGUCAGGCAAUUGCUGCAGCAGGGUGUCGCUGAAGAUGAGAUAGAGAAACAGACGGGCGUGUCCGACAGGACCAUUCGCCGCUGGAAGGUAAUGCGUCUAGUAUAAGUACACAUCAAGCGACACGGCCUGACCCAGAGUUGAUAGCUCGAACUCGAGCGCUAUGGACGCAUCGGCAAACCUCCAGAGAGCCGGACUGGACGGCACCGCG